AAAUAAACCUUCAUAUGCAUCCCUCCAACGCUCCCUCAUCGCAGCUCCUCCUACAGAAUAUUCUGUUAGGUUGCGCCCGGUGAGUUUUAUAGCAACUGUUGCCCAGUGAGGCAGCGCCAUAGUCACCGUAGUCCUGGCGACUGUAACCCACCAACAACAACAACCUUUCGUUCCAUCAUUGCCACCUCCACCAUCCUCACUUCAUCCUCAUCAACCAGUCCUCAGCCCAGGCGCCAUGCAGACCCCUGAGGCAGGCGCUGACUCCGCCUCCACUGUCCCUCUCCAGACCGCCGUGCCUGUGCAGCCCGCAGGCUCCGCCCAGCAGGUGACCUCUCAGGUGCCUGUCCAGCAGCAGACCCAGACUGUUCAACAGGUUCAGCAUGUAUACCCAUCACAGGUGCAGUAUGUGGAGGAGAACAGUGGCGUCUACACCAACGGAACCAUACGGACGUACUCGUACUCCGAGCCCCAGGUGUACAGCCAGAACAGUGGAGGGAGCUACUUUGACACGCAGGGCAGCUCGUCCGAGGUGUCUACAGUGGUGUCGUCCCAUGGCAUGGCCAACAAUGGAGGGGGGAACGGGGGUCUGACCAUGGGUCUGGCCGGGGGGCAGAUCAUCAGCAGCUCUGGAGCCUACCUCAUCGGGGGCAACUCCAUGGACAACUCUGCCCCCCACCCAGCCACCCAGACUACCCGAGCCUCCCCGUCCACUGUGAGUAUUGAAAUGGCGAUUGAGACGCUCCAAAAGACUGAAGGUUUAUCCAGUCAGAGAAGCUCGCUGCUCAACAGCCAUCUGCAAUGGCUACUGGAUAACUAUGAGACUGCGGAGGGGGUGAGUCUGCCUCGCUCCACCCUCUACAACCACUACUUGCGCCACUGCCAGGAGCAGAAAUUGGACCCGGUCAACGCCGCUUCCUUCGGCAAGCUCAUCCGCUCCAUCUUCAUGGGGCUACGCACGCGACGCCUCGGCACAAGAGGGAACUCAAAGUACCACUACUAUGGGAUCCGGCUGAAGCCGGACUCUCCUCUCAACAGACUGCAGGAGGACAUGCAGUACAUGGCCCUCAGACAGCAGCCUGUCCAACAGAAACAGAGGUUUAAGCCGGUGCAGAAGGUUGAUGGUGUGUCUGGGGAGAACUUCUCAGGCGGUGGCCAGCACACUCCCAGUGCAGCGGAGCAGACCGUCAUUGCACAGAGCCAGCACCACCAGCAGUACCUGGACGCAUCCCGGGCGCUGCCAGACUUUAUGGAGCUGGACCUGGGAGAGACCAACGUGGAGAACAUCGGCCCAGACGACAUCAAAGCUCUCCAGUCACUAUACAGAGAGCACUGUGAGGCCAUUCUGGAUGUGGUGGUGAACCUCCAGUUCAGUCUAAUAGAGAAGCUGUGGCAGACAUUCUGGCGCUAUUCCCCCUCUGACUUAGUGGAGGGCACCACCAUCACAGAAAACAGUGGUAUGAGUGAGAUUGAGGGCCGUUUGCCCUGUUCCAGGCUGGUGGUGCUCUGUAGGAACGAGGCUGUGCUCAAGUGGAUGAGUUCCUGUGACCACCUGAUGUACCAGGCCCUAGUGGAGAUCCUCAUCCCUGAUGUCCUCAGACCCAUCCCCAGUGCCUUGACUCAAGCCAUCCGCAACUUUGCCAAAAGCCUGGAAGGCUGGCUCAACAAUGCCAUGAACGUCAUUCCACAGAGAAUGAUCCAGACAAAGGUUGCCGCUGUUAGUGCCUUUUCUCAGACGAUGCGUCGUUACACUAGUCUGAACCACCUGGCCCAGGCAGCCCGCGCCGUGUUGCAGAACACCUCCCAGAUCAAUCAGAUGCUCAGCGACCUCAACCGCGUCGACUUCGCCAACGUACAGGAGCAGGCGUCAUGGGUGUGUCAGUGUGAGGAGGGUGUGGUUCAGAGGUUAGAGCAGGACUUCAAGGCCACCCUGCAGCAGCAGAGCUCUCUGGAGCAGUGGGCUGCCUGGCUGGACAACGUGGUCACCCAGGUCCUACAGCCCUUCGAGGACAGGCCCAGCUUCCCCAGGGCUGCGCGUCAGUUCCUGCUCAAGUGGUCCUUCUACAGCUCCAUGGUGAUUCGAGACCUGACUUUGCGCAGCGCGGCCAGUUUCGGCUCGUUCCACCUGAUCCGCCUGCUCUACGACGAGUACAUGUUCUACCUGGUGGAACACCGUGUCGCCCAGGCAACCGGCGAGACGCCCAUCGGUGUCAUGGGUGACUUCGAUGACCUCAACGCCAUGUCGCCUGCUUACAUGGACAAAGACGAGGUGAGUGAGAUGGACAGUGACCUGGAGGAGGACAUGGAGGAGUCUGGGGAGCCGCUGGCCAAGCGGGAGAAGGCUGAGUUGCAGCAUGAGCACCAGGUGAUCCAGGUGAUUCAGGUGGGGGCUCUGGAGGACGGCUGUAACCCCGUGGUGGGGGUGGUGCAGCCGGGUAUCCUGCACUCCCUGCCCCAGCCCCCCCAGGACCACGCUGAGCACAUCCUCACCCCUUCUGCCGCCACCCCCACCAUCCGCCACUGCAGCGCCACCGGCAAUACCUACGCCUCCGUCUGAAGAGAGAGACGCCCACAAACCACUCUUCUCUUGAUCUGUCUGUCUCUCCCUCUCUAUUUCAAUGGGUCACGCUGUCUCACACACACGUCUGCACUAUUUCCCUCUGUCAUGUGCUGUGUUUUCUCUGCUCUCCUCCGCCCCCAGGCCACUAGAGGACGAUGAAAAUCACCAUGACCACAGCCACUGGCGUCACACAAACCGUGGAUAGAUUAAGAGAGCUGGAUGUGAAUAGGAAUGUGGGCGGGCCGCCUCUGUCUGCUGUCAUCCCAUAUUUCUGUCCUCUGGGAGUGGAUGCUGGGUGAGGGAGGAGGAUUG